UCUCCUCCCUCCCUCCCUCCCAUGGCGGAGUCGCCCGAGAACGCCGCCGCGGCGCCCGCGCCCGCGCCACCCGCCGCUCCCUCCCCGGCGCCGGCGCCGGCAAUGAAGUCGUCCCCGCCCACCAGGUUCGGGAUCCCGCUGCGGUACGACCUCGAUGCCAAGUGGGACGCCUGCCUCGACCUCUCCAUCCGCCGCGUCGCCUACUCCUCCCUCGGCGGCGCCUUCGGAGGCCUCAUUCUCUUCCGUAGCCCAACAACCCGCUGGGCAUCAGUUGCACUUGGAGCUGGUGUGGGGAUAGGGGCUGCGUUCACUGAAUGCUCAUACAUAUUCAAUGGUUCUCCUCCAAACUGGUCGGCCCCUGAAUGCUCAUACAUAUUCAAUGGUUCUCCUCCAAAGUGGGGAAAGCCAUGUGCUUGA